AUGGACAUUGAUUGUGUAAUUCUGGAGGAGGAUGAGCAACAAAUUACCUGUGACAUUGGCCAUAAUGAACUUCAGACUCAUUUCAAUAUGACCUUUGUGUAUGCCAAGUGUAAAGAUCACCUCAGAAGACCUUUAUGGGACAGAAUGAUAUUUCGAGCUGGAGAAUCUAACAGACCUUGGUGCUCUGUGGGCGACUAUAAUGUUAUUACCUCUAUUGAAGAAAAGUUGGGAGGAGUUCCAUACAACAUGAGAAAAAGCUUCAAUGGACAGAAAUAUACUUGGUCUAACAACAGAGGUAUACAACAGAGAAUAUGGAAAAGACUGGACAGAGCUCUAGUUACUGAUGCUUGGCUGGAGAAGAUGCCUCAGACUACUAUCACUCAUUUACCAUCUGUAGGUAAGGCCUGCUGGGAGAGGACUGUCGAGGGUAACAGCAUGUGGAGAUUUCACCAAAAACUGAAGAGGUUGUCUACCACUCUUAGCAACUGGUCCAGAAAGGAAUUUGGGGACAUCUUCACUAAAGUCAGAGAGUAUGAGGAGAGGAUAGAAGACUCCAUUUUGAAACAAAAGACGCAAUUACAAUGGUUCAAAGAGGGUGAUUGCAACACAAAAUAUUUCCAUUCACUGAUAAGGGGAAGAAGAAGGAAAUUAUUCAUCCACAAGCUUAUCAGGGAAGAUGGGGAAUGGAUGCAGGGAGAUGAUAUUAUUGCUGAAGCUGCCUGUGACCACUUCCAGGAACUAUUUACAGGGGAAAACAACUCAUCAAUGAGGGUGCAUUGGAGUGUAUUCCCAGGCUGGUCACUGAGGAGCAGAAUAACAGCCUAA